ACUCUGUUUGACAGUUGAAUUGAUUUGGCAGCAGCGCGCGCCCUGUCAGGUUGCUAGUUCCCGUGAUUUCUCAUGGAGCACCUGUGAUUUUUACCCACUAAACACUGCUCUGCGUGUUUUCUACUCACUUCUACCUCAUGUUUAAAGGAGUAAAAUGCACUUUUGUGGCACGAAAGCCACGUGCAAGAACCAAACAAUGCUGUAGUCGUAUUUGCCCGGACUCUCGUGUGGCCCUCCGUUAACUUCCAGUGAAGCAGGAAUGGAGAAAACGCUUCAGAUAUCGCCUCACUCCCUCGCGUUGGUGCUCACGGAUAAAGAGGACUCCUCAUCAUCGUCUUCUUCUUCAACAGCCGUACUUUCCGUAAAGUUGCAGCAUCGCAUCGGAUACGAGGUGUUCGCCAGUUUUAAAGCCGUAAACAUGCAGCAUUUCUGGAACAAGGCGCUGACACACGCUCUCUCGGAGAUCUUCUUCCUCGGAUGGAUAGAUGAACAUGUCCUGCUGAUCCAGGGCAGAGAGGUUAAUCUCCAAGUCCUGAGGAAUGGAUGGACCAGGCGGACCCUGAAACCACCACAGGGGUUUGACAUCAAGUGCAUCGGUGGGUACAUGUCAUAUUGUCGAAAAAGUCUAAAUGCAUGCGAAUUUCAUUUUCCCACCCAAGUGACUUGAGAAGCACUAUUUUCCUCUUCUUUGCACUUUUUGUUUUGCUUGUAGCAUGAGCAACCGAUCACAACAAAGCAGACUCAAUCACGUUUUCAUUCUUUAAAGAUCCUUUAGGGCCAGAAUGAUUCAAGUGUUGACAGGAGAGUUGAGAAUUAGGUGCAGUUGCAAAAACAUGUAAUUAAAUCUGGCACAUCCAUCCAGUCUGCCAACCCGAGUCAAAGUAAGAUUAUGAUCUAGUCAAGUAUUUGAACUCAUGUGGACUGUUUUAACUUCUUUGAGUGUUUCCAUUCAAGUUUGAUAGCUUUUUUUUGACUGGAUGGCCUAAACAUACAACUUUUAUGCAGCUAAAAAUCCUAGAGUAUGCCUUGUGAAGCUGCACACCUUUAAUAAUGUUCAAUGAGAAAACUGAUUCAAGGUUUUUGCACCUUAUUGUGAGUAAUUGAACUGAUGAAAGUCCAAGUUAGCGUUGGUUUUUGAACUUUAACCAUUUUUGAUGUAUAUUUCAUGUGUCUUUCAUUGCCCUUUAUCAUUCUGCCUCCCUGAAAACUCAUCCCACAAACAUUCAGAGGUCUUUCUUUGGGUGAUUGAGGUACACUCUUCAACCAGUAAAUACAAAUAUGUGACUCAACUUUUGUUUAACACAGUUAAUCUGUAUCCUUCUCAACUUUUGGACCCGAUUAACUUUUUACUUCAACUUCCAUAGAGAUGUUUUUUAUUCUGCUGCUUGGUUUCAACUUUUUAGUAUCCGAGAAGUUGUUCUGAGACUCUUGCCUUUGGUCUUUCUCUUAUUCCUGCUUCCCAAAUGCUGGCAUUGAAGCUAGCUGCCAUUCAACCACCCUCAUCUGGAAUGACAAGUUAAAACCCUUUUGAUAUGAUACCUAUCUUCUCUCCUACCCCUUACUGAUAAAAGACAGGUCGAAUUAAAACAAGUCAAUGCUAGUCUGAUGGGAGGUCUUAAGGCGACAUCUCACCUUCUAACCUCAUCAGCGCCAUAUCAUAUCGACUAACUCAUUCAGUUAAAAGAGUCAUGGGACUCUGGCCCAGUUCGACAUUCCCACACUCACUCAUCUACUCCUGACAUCGCUCUAACUUAUGUAUGUGCUGGGACAGGUUUGAAUGACUACAGGUAUUGUCAGCGAGUCAACCGCUGCACCCAUCAACUGCCCUCACAAGCUUUAUUGGAGCAUGUGUUUGUCUGAGUGUGUGCAUGUGCAAAUGAGAGGGUUAUGCAGCUUGUGGUAGAUCACCUUGUUUUAUGCUUUUUUGGCAACACAGCUUCAGUUAGGAUCAUCGGUUUCAUUGUUGUUAGGCAUACAGAGGAGAAACUGACUCACGUUUUUAAAACCAUUGAAUUUUCAAAUCUUGUUUUAUUGACAGAUCAAUACUCAUACUCUGAUUCACAAAAUAAAACCUUGCUCCCCAAAACACAGAGUAAAAUGUUGAUAUCAGCUUCCAGAGAGGCUGAGUCUCAGAAGCAAAACUGGGAAGAAGUUCACAAACUCUGAGAGCAAAAAGUCAAACAAUAUCCAUAUCAUGUUCCUCUGUAAAAUUGGAAAGAACUUUGAUUCUGCAGAGGUGCCCAUUUAAGAUGGAGUGUGGUCUGAUGAAUCCAAAUUCGACAUUUAAUUUUGAAAUCAUAGACGCCUUGUCCUCCACUCUGAAAGGGAGAGGGGCCAUCUGACUUGUAAUCAGUGCACAAUUCAAAAGCCAGCAUCCAAGAUGGUAUGAGAAUGCAUAAGUGCUCAUAGCAUGAGUAGGUAACAUAUUAACAGGUUUUGGAGCAACAUUUGCUGCCAUCCAGUUUGCCUUUUUCAGGGAAACCUUGCACAUUUCAACAGGAUGAUACCAAACCACAUAUUGCAUUACAACUGCAUGACACUGAAGUAGAAGAGUCCUGGUGUCAAAUUUGCCUGCUCUCAUAGCCCUAAUGUGUCAACCAUUAAAAACAUUUGGUGCAUCAUGAAAUGAAAAAUACUACAAAGGAGACCUCAAGUGUUCCGCAGCCAGAGUCUUAUACAAGGCACGAAUGGACCAAAAUUUCAAAACUCCAGAAAUUGGUCUCCUUUAGAAUAAAAGAAGUGGUGCAACUGGCAAACAUUAAGCCAGACUUUCUUCAAGUCUGUUUUGGUUUGCGAUCGCUUCAUCUGACACAUAUACAACGACUGCAGUCUCAGCAUCCAAAACAAUCAACCAGAAAUAACAUCCAUUACCGAUUAUGGUCUUAUCUGCUUUUGUGGCUAAUACAGAGGUACCAUUGUAAUGUCAUCCUGUUUCAAAACCAGCUGAGAACCUCUCACAGGAGCUUUAUCUUUUAUUAUGAAAACAAUGGAUUUUGUAGUGAGUGGUGACUGAAGGAGAAUUAUCGCCCUAUUCUAGCACCAACUCUAACAAUCCUUUAAGCUGAUUAUUUUGGUCAGGAAAGUUUAGGUCAACUUUACUGAAUUUGUCGCUAUUUUUUAUCAGUUUUAUUUCCAGAACUCUACCAUUAUUUUCUUUUUAAAGGGAUGACUAAAUGCAGCAUCUGACUAGACUUCCCAUGGUACAGACUGUAAAAACGGAAGCAUUGACUGCUUAUACAGCUCCAUCAUGUUAUCAGAUUCCCAUGCCUGGCAGCUUAACAUCGACUUUCUUGGAAAUCAAUAAAAAAAAGUUUAAGGAUCUUGAGGUUUGUUUCAGUGCAAACUUGUAUCCUAAAAUAGAUUCUGUUUUUGUGUCAUAGUUUUUUUUUCUCACACUGACUCACUGAAGAAGGAGAGACGAGCUGCACAGUGAAGCAAACACCGAUAACUGAGGAAUGUUUGCCCACUAGCUAAUAACUCACAAGGCUAUUUAAUGCUAAAACCAACUGAGCGUGUAUGCUGCUGGUUUGGAUGCAGAUAAGAUACAGAUAUAUUUUUGGUGUGAUAUGAAAAAAUAAACCCAAAAUCUGGGAUAGACAGCUAAACUCACCCCAAAUCAGAGGGGACUAAUUAGACGAUGAAUUUGUUAUGCCUACCUGUAAAAUCAAGAAGCAUAAUCCAUCUUUAGUUAAAUAGCAAGCUAGUGUGAAUUCCACAGGGUGUUAAAUAUUAACCAUGUUACCUGUAAGGACCUCUCAACCAGUGAUCACUCAUCACCCAGUUUGGGAGGAUUAAGUUCUCAGUUGGUUAAGGUGUUUCUAUGGAAAAUGUCAUUGACCAAAACCUUAAGUACACAUGUAAAAACCGCCACAGUAUUUUUUAAAAUUAUUACUAUUAGUUUUUUUGGUACAAGCUGCAAGUUUCUUUGUCUUCACUGAAGUUACAAGAUUGAAGUUUUUCAGACAAAAACAACAGAAAACUACUUUGAAAUGAAGUUCCACCAAAGGCUGCCAGUUAUAUAUGUGUUCAGAUCAGUAAUUGUCAUUGUGUGUUUUGCUAAAUUAUGGCAUCAUUGUGUUUUAUUUUGAGGUUUUGAGCAAACAAAUGCAUCUUUUACUAGCAGUGACUACCUCAGACAAGGCUAUAAGGACACAGGAUUAGUUAAAAGUCUCCAUUACCAAAAAAAAUCACUGGUUGAAGCGUUAUCUACAAGUGUUAGAUUGAAGUCAUGUUUCUGUGAAAUGAAUUUAAGUCACUUCUCUGUUUGCACACUACAGAUUAUCCCUCAAACUGCCUGAGAAUGUGUGACCAGGGCUGAGAGCCAAAAUGUAGCCAGAUUAAUACAAUUAGGCUCAAGUAGUGGAUUUUCAGUUGUGUGAAAACAAGGUGUUUCUUAAAAACUGACUAUUCAAUCUGAUUAACUGUGGGACUUUGUAUCCGUUAGCCGGCUAUAAACAAUAGACUGGGAGGAGUGUGAGCUCAGGAGGAAGGAAAAGUGGAGCAUUUGUUCAGGAAAACAGUGCUGCUCUGCUCUGCCUGCUGCAGCUCAGGUCUCCACUGAAAGGAAAAGGAGGGUCCCAGCAGAGAAUUGGGGGAAAUGUUUAACGCAGCAGACCGAUUUGUUGCCAUAUAUCUUAAUGUCAGAUCAGGAUGUGUCAAGUAGGAUGUUGUGGGGGAAAAAAAACUCUUUUGUUCUUGUUAUAAGCUCAUACAGCUAACUUUAGGAAGACGUGUUGUCUUAAAUGAUCCACUAGAGGGCAAACCACCAGCACAAACAGUGAUGUUGGAUGAAGUUCAUUAAAGGCCACAUAUUGUCUUAUUUCAAACAGUGUAAUAUCUGCACUCUUUGAUUGGUAUUGUAUAACACAGUCCCACAUCAGAAUCUGUUAUUUGUAAGAGCUACCCUGGCUGCAGAGCUUAUUUAAUUGUAUUUUACUAGUUAUAAAAAAACAAGUAAGAUAAGUGACCAAAUCUCAGCCUUUUUAGCCAUUUCUAACACAGCUGCUGCAUUCACUGUAUACCGAUCGCCUCCAUCUCCCCCUGUAGUGGGAUGUUAGGCCAAAAUGCUGCCUUGAUGGGGGCUAAGCAUAGACUGUCUAGAGCAGUGGUUCUCAAGUCCAGUCCUCGAGGCCCCACUGUCCUGCAUGUUUUGGAUGUUUCCCUGCUCCAACACACCUGAUUCAAAUGAUUAGCUCGUGACAAAGCCAUUACAGAGCUUGAUAACGAGCUAAUCAUUUGAAUCAGGUGUGUUGGUGCAGGGAAACAUCCAAAACAUGCAGGACAGUGGGCCUCAAGGACUGGACUUGAGAACCACUGGUCUAGAGAAUGGACAGCGUCUGCCUCCUUGCUGGGUGAAGCCACUCCGAGAACAGCACACUCUGGUGACGGGCUGCAGUAUAGGUCAUAAAUCCCGCCUCGUCCAGCAAAGUUUAGGGAGCUGUGCACAAACUUUAGAAAUUAAUUACACAGAAUAUAAGAUUUUUCCCCCCUGGUUGCGAUGUUGACAUGUAGUUACUGUAAGACUGGUUUGUGCUCAAGUCCUCUUCUUUCUGUACAGCUCCAGUUUUAAAAGUUAUUAGGGGGUUCAUGUUUUCUAUGAUUGACACUUGAUACAGCCUAUGGGCGUAUGAAGAUUGCGUAGCUCACUCAGGGAAUAUGCUGUUUGAGCCAAGUGUCAUCACACCGACUCCCGGCAACUCUUCUGUCGAAUGCGCACAAUGCUACAGCGCAAGUGGUGAAGUGCGUACAAUGCUACUGCGCAAUGUGGUUUCUGGAAAUGGAGAAAAAUCACGGAAAUACCGAGAGCUUUUCAGCUUUAAAUCCGUAUACUGGCGGAAGGCGGAACUAAGUUGUCCAUAGUAUAUACAGUCUAUGGUGCUGAGUGGAGCCAAGGCGAGCACAGAAGCAAUCUGGCUGGUAGAGCUUUAGAACCGAUGUCUGUGAACCAAAAAGCAUGUUUAACUUGAUAAAACUGCAAAGCCUCCUCAGGUCAGUGCAGUGCAUGACUGAACCAAUUGUUGUGUCAAAGAGGACACUCACAGCUGUAGGAAGUUCAGUGACUAUUGCAGUGGUGAUCAUCUUGUCUUGUCAUUGCUUCUCUAUGCUUCUGUCAUGGUAAAGACUUCUGCAGGAUGUGAACAGAUAGCGGCAUGUUCAGAAAAUACACAACCUUUCUUACCAAUGGAGGUCGUUUGUUCUUGUUGUCAUGAAAAUGUGUCAUCCAGUUGGUUUAAACACAAGAUUCAACACACCUUCCAGUCGGUGAAGCUGCCAUCUUGGUUGUUUACAAACAUGCUGAAGCAGUGCUCCUGUGUCGUCAUCUUAAAUGAAGGAUUGGGAUUGGGUUGGUAUAUCUGACACCAAGGGACAAUUUUAAAAAUGGCAGCAGUUUCAGACCCACAUGCCAGCAGAAACUGAGUAUGAGCCGGCUGAUUGGUCUGGUAACACAAGUCUAACUCUCACCUUUUACAAAUCACAAAAUUAAGAAAUUGACAGAUAGAAAUAAGCAUCGUAACAUACCGAAUUCUUGAUGAUGACACGGCACUUUGACACUAAGCACUGACAACCUACUGCAGAAUCUCCUAAAGCUUUAGGAAGCUGCUAGCAUAGCUGUGUAGUCUUUAUUUUUUUAAAGAUAAACAGUGUGUUUCCAAAGUGCCACUUUUUUAUUGUAUUUUAAAAACUCAGGCAUUAUUUUCAUUGUUCACUAGCAUAAGUAAUAUUAUAGCACCCACUGCCCAAAGUGAUCCUUUCAGAUUAACUUUGUUUACUUAUCUGACAGUCACCAAAAAAACAAAACAAAACUAUAUUUUCAGUCUACUGUUCCCAGAAAAGUAUAGAAUCACCAGGUAGAUAGAACCAGUGACUUUAGGCUUUAAUUAGGAUUUAGCAAGAUUAGCUAAGGGAUAUAUUGCAAUAAAAAACACUACCAGUACUCCAUUACUGAGUAUUUUGUUUUCCAGAAAGUAGGCUCUCUCUCCACUUUUACCCCACCCUGCUGUUUUCCCCCCCAGUUAGCAUUAAUGUGCUUUAUUUUGAACAAUCGCCACAGUGCUGAAGGCUGUCAGUUCCUCGGCUGAGAUGCAGGAGUGUUUUCUUUCAGUGUAACAGACAGUCAGUGCUGGUCUGUCUGCCUCUAUCUGGAGUUUGCUGCCUCUUUACGAGGAAACAGCACUCAAAGGUAACAGCUAUGAGCUCAUCGGCUUGUGUCGUCAUGGCAACAAAGGCUGUUGCAGCACUACUGAGAAAUAAAAUGGCUGGCGUGGUGUCACUCUCUCUCUCUCUCUCUCUCUCUCUCCCUCCUCCUCCUCUUUCUCCUCCUCACCCCUUCUUCCCUCCUCUCCUCUUUCUCUUCGGUAUCAGUGAACUGGAGCAGAUUGGUUGUGACACUGUCCACCCCGUCCACCCCCCUCUCCUCUCCACCUCCUCCUCCUCCUUCUCCACCCAUCCUGUGGCCUGUCCUGCCCUCUCACUUUUGCUCCUUAUUCUUGCUCCUCCAAUCUUCCAUUCACACUCCACACAUGUGAGUCAGCAGGAGUGUGCAGAUAAGGAAGAGCUGCCACUUUGGGCAAUGAUUGAGGUGGUGUUUUCAGUUGUGUUGUUCGCCGGCAGCUCCACAGAAUCAACCUGUGGAGAGCGCCGCCGACGAGGAUGAUGUGAAUAAACAUCUUUAAUAUGAGUCCCCUUUUUGCUCAAAGCUGGUUUAAGUGUUUAGAUUUUAGUCAAAAAGAGGAAGGAUGCUGGUUUAAGAGUGGAGGAAGCAAGAGAUGAAGGAAAGGAAAGUGAGGAUGCAAAUUUAGCCAAAGAUUCAGAGCUGGAGCAAUUCCCUGGACAUCAUCUGAGGCCUGAAUAUUUUCCUUUUUUUUCUUCUUCUUCUGCAUGUGUGUGGAGCUGUUGAUAUUUGCUCUCCUCUCUGCCUUAUGUAUGUCCUCCAUCUCUCUCCCUCUCUCUCUCUCUCUCUCUCUCUCUCUCUUGCAUCCUCUCCUCUCCUACCCUCCCCACAGCCUCAAUCACCCAGACACAGACGCAUGCAUGCUCACGCAGAAUCGCGCGCAGCAGGCGGAUGCGCGCAUACACACUUUCUCCCUCUCUCACACACACUCACACACACACACAUACACACGCACACACACAUACUCACACACCCUUCCUGGAGGUGCUGGGAGCAGCUGCAGCAUUAGCGUUGAAAGAGAUCUGCCGUUGACUGGAGUUUGCAUCCCCCCCCCUCCUGUUAAUGAAUGGAUGCUACGGCGGUAGGCUCGGGAGCUUCAUCUUCAUCAUCUUCUCCUUCUUCUUCUCCUUCUUCCGCUGGAUUGCGGGAAACGGUGGAUAUCUACUCUUGAAAUUAAUUAAUUUUUAUGCUCUCCAUUUUUUUCUCCCCACCCUCUCCUGGUGUGCUGUUGUCGAAAGGACGAUGGGGUCUUGUGCUUGAUCGGAUAAAGAUGGAGGUGAACGUGGCGUCUCCGGUGCUUGGCAUACUACCGAGGUUUCACAGCCCGUUGGGGUGAAUGGAGCUUUUAUUUCUCUUUUUUUCUAAACUGGGCUCUUUUGUUUUCCGGGGGAUCGAUCGAGCACUCCUGUGGUGAAUUGAGCUAUUGUCGAAGACUGGGCCUCUCUUAAGCUUUCAAUCUUUUUUGCCUGAUCCAUCCAUCCAUCCCCUCCCUUCCUUUCCUACCUUUUACCCCCCUGUUACCUUCCCCUCAAAAGAAGCGAGCGGAUCCUAAAAACCCUCCCGUGAAACCUCUCCUCCUCACCGUCCUCCUCGCUUCCAAUGCCCCAUUUCCCUCAUCUCUACCCCUGCCCCCCCACCUCUCUCCCGCUCCCUCCUCCCACAUCAGAGCGGCUACGUAAUGUGCCUCCCUACGCAUGCAAAUGGGGAUGCUACAAAUGGUGGCUGGGACUGAUGCCGAUGAAAGGGUGAUGCCUCGCGCAAUCACCUGCACCUGCACCUCCGCCGCCGCCGCCGCCGCUGCCAUCGCUCCAGAUCAGCCCGGUAGAGCCCAGCAGCCGAUGACAACCACCCACAGUGCGAACACGGUCGUUUGUAGCUUGCUCGUGGAUGUAAAUGAGACGCGCGUGUGUGUGUGAAGGUGCACACUGGUUCCUGCCAUGUCUGGUGUGUGAUCGCUGUAGCGGGACGUUCUUACUGAUGCGGGGGAGGCACUGAGCCUGAGGUUGGUCGACCUCCCCCUGCACGUCCCCUCCCCCUUUCCCCACCUCCCCUCUUUCCUUCCCUUUUUGUACCACCCCUCCACCACCUUAUCCUAGCUCCCUUCCCUCCCUCCAUCCCCUCCAUCCCCUCCUUCUCCGGGUGUGAAGGCCACCUGGACAAGGGGUCACGAUGAAGAAGAACCGCAGCAGCAAUCUGCGGCGGGCCUGGCCCAGCUCGGAGCUCAGCGAGCGCCCGCUGGAGCACAAUCUCUCCCGUAGUGAGAAAGACAUCCGUGUGCAGAGCAAGCAGCAUCUUCCUCCCCCUCCUCCUCCUCAUUUCUCUCCGUCCCCGCCAAGUUAUCGUGCGCCAGGUGAGUAGACGCUCCCACCGAAAGAAGCUCCGCCCACUCUCCACGCAGAAAUGCUCAGGGUUUGCACAGAUGUAGUUUGAUGUGGGGUAAAGGGCAAAGUUCAAAGUAGGGAUAUUUUUUUUAGGAGUCAUCUCAUUCAGACUGUAUCAGACUCUCUUUUGGUUCGUGGUUAAAAUACUCAAAUUGAAUCUCCCUUGGUCGAGAAUUUAGGCACUUUCUGACUUUCUCACAUCACAUCGUGCAAACACUGAAAAUAUACACAACUGGUAAUUUGUGAGAUCAAAAUGUUCAUUUUUGAAGUUGACUCAUAUGAUGCACCAUUGCAUCAUCUUUGCGCCACAAUUUGCGACACAUUUUGUGUUUAUUGCGAUGACAAAAGCGCUCUCUUGCAUUACCAAAGAAAACUGAUCCUUUUCAUUUAUUUUGUAAGGCAAUGAUUUGCUUUUUUCCCUCUACUGUCUUAUAAGAUUAGAACUAUAACCUCAUCCCUACAGCCUGUGGAGAUUUGCUCUGUGUACGCUAUUUUGAAAAACAGGUAAAAUAUUUCCAAAAAAAAGGACAGCAGGGUGUUUUUGUCCUCUAUUUUGUGGACCAAUUCCCUUGCAGAUCCAGCUGUCCUCGUGUUUACUAAAAACCCCGUAAAGCCAUGCAAAGCCACACAGAGCUUAAGGGGCUGUGAUACGGAGCAGAGAUAACGUCACCAUGUUGCUUAACCGACCAUUCAGCUGAGUGUGCUGAGGAGGCCGGGCCCUGCACACAUUUCAGCUCAGGUGGGGGAAAUGUGUUGCAGAAUAUGACUUAAAAACAAUGAUGAAUGUAGUAAAACCAAUUCAUGCUGGUCAUCUGCGGUCAUCAGACUAGGUCAGGAAUCAAUAUAUGGAGGUGUAAGUUACACUUUUUUGAUCGAUGGUCAAAUUUAGGUCAGAGGCUGCAGCCUUAGCUCCACUGUGAUGCCUUCCUACCUUUCAGCUGGGCAGAUGUUUGCCCUCAGAGAGGCUUGAAGCUGGGCCGUCUGCUUGUAGGAUGAUCUCACCACUCACUACCGCUGACAGAAAAGCCAGCUUAAUGCAACAAAAGCACGAGUAUUUCUGUGUGUAAGCUCUCAAUGUGCUGCUUAAGUCGGUAAUGAUUUGUUACAUUUUAAAUACGUGGGUUUAACAUCCUGAAGGAUUGUGUAAGCUUCAUUUUCUGAUUGUGAAUUGAAUCACGAGGUGGCAGAGACUCAGGUGAUCUCACACUGAGGAUGUGUUUGCUGCAGCGGCUUCCUCGGUAUGCUAACCUACAAGAAACAGGGGAUAUGAGAGGCUAAAGGAGGAGGAGAGUAGAGGAGGAGCUGUUUCAGGCAGCAUGCAAACUGCUGCCUUUUGACCAUUACAUCAUAGCUUCACACGCUGCGCCUGCUGUUCAUUCAUAAUCUCACUGUAGUGCCUUUGCCUCCCCCUCCCCCACCUCUUCUUCUGCAGGUGACGUGUCUCCGAUCAGUAUGUCACCUAUCAGCCAGUCACAGUUCAUCCCGCUGGGAGAGAUCUUGUGCCUGGCAAUCUCUGCUAUGAACUCUGCCCACAAGCCAGUCAACCAGGAGGCUCUGGUGGAGCACCUCACUGCCAGCUUCCCAGGUAUGCUCCUCAGAUCUUUUUUCAGCAGCGGGACUGCACAAAAGUAUCGAGAAACCCACAGUUGAAACCAUUAUGUAGCACAUGUGAUAGGACAAGUAGCUGCAAUAAUGAUAAUUCACUUUCAGUACAGUUAAUACAUUUCUUGUCUUCAAAUUUGUGAUAGAGUAGCUAUUAUCCUCUGAUUAUAUUUCCAAGUAGAAAAAUGUACCAAUAUGAAGUAUUAACUUAUUCACAUCAAACACACAAGUCAGCCUGGAAAAAGUCUUACUCUAAAUGACUAUUUACCCCAUUUCUAACACACAUACAUGGUAGUAGGGAAUUGCUAUCUGUCUAGUAAAAAUUAAGAAAGAGAGAUACAGUCUUCAUAUUGAUUGGAUCUGCAACAUUCAGUCUGAUGGUUGUUGUCGAUUCUUAUUUAUUUCAUCAUUAUGAAAGUUGUCUUCAACUGUAUUUUUCAGAUAAGUUUUCAAAGCUGUUUUUUUUUUUUUUAGAAACUGUACAAUGCUCAAAUAGUGCUAGCUUCUUUCAUCUAAGAUUUACUUCUUUACCAAUUAUAAAUACAUCUGUAAUUUGGACUAUUUUUGAAGCAAUUCAGAUAUCCCAAGACGUCAUGUUGGUCUUUUAGGGGAAAAAAAAGUGUUUUUCUCUCCCUUAUCUGAAAAAACUGUAUUUUUAUACCCAAACUGUGGGCAAAAAUGUACUUAAAUGAGCUCCCUAGUCUAUCUUUGUCUUAUUUUUUCACUCACUCAAUACAAGUAACUAAACUCAUGUGCAAAUGUGGCAUUGUCUUUCAUUACAAAAUCAUGUUUCACUAAUAACAGUCUGUCCUAAGAUGAUCAAUGGGACCUCAACUAGUCUUUUGUAUCUCAAAAACACUUGAACAACUGAUAACGUUCAAGUCUUAGUUUAGCCACAAAGCGCAAAAAAAGAAAAUUGUUUUAUAUGAUCUGAUGUCGUAGUUAUUUCUCCUAAAGGACCAGUGAUCAUAAACUGUGGAAGGAAGGUUCCUCAAGUAAAUUUGUAUAACUUAAUCCGCCUAAGUGUCUCUGAAUUGUUGUGAUGGUCUAAUAAAAUGCUUAGAAUGGUCCUUUUUAGUGCUUCAGCUACAUAACUCCAUCAUACAUUAAUUUCUUUUUGAGUACAUUAAAUUCAGAUUUACUUUUACUGUUUAAGAUCAAUAGUCACGCCUAAAUUGUGUUUGAAAUGAGUGUUUCACAUUUAAGGUAAUAAAUUAAAUUCAAUGGGAAACAUGUUCCUCAAAUGCCUCCUCACUUCUGUACAAUGCCAGAGAUGAAAAGAGUUGAACUCUUUGAUUGAAUCACUUAAAUCUGGAAAAAUAACAGGGGGUGAUGUAAUGUCAGGCAACACAAGCCCUUACUAGACAAAGGUUAUGAUGGCGAUGUUCAUAACCAACUACCUUUUAAAGUAUAAUCAGUAUUUUGUCUAAGAUUAGCAAGAUUAGUUGAUUUUAAAAUUGGAAGGUUAAGAUAAUUUAAUGCAAAAGUUUUUACACAGAAGUUGAAUCAUUUCUAGUUUUUAUAUCUUCUAAUGCUCAAAUGAAAAAUAAAUGAAAUGGUCUUUUAAAAUGAUAUAACACUCACUGAAAACAAUUGAAUAAGAAGCUGUAAUUCAAAAAUACAGCAUUUCAAAUUCUGAUCUAUCUGCAAUUGCUUCACUAUGUAUAAACCCAGGCAUAAAUUUACCCAACAUGAGUUCAUCUUAAGUUUUAGCAGCUUUGGAUAACUAUGUUAAGGUAAUUUUGAAAUUAUCAAAGUAAAACAUUGCACAAAACAACAAGAAUGCCUUUAUUUGAUAUAAAUUUAUCUCAUUGUGUUGUAGCUUGAUAAAUAUGUUGGAAUACAAAAAUGCAGAAUAUAUGUAGAAUGUACCUCUUACUCAGGGGUCAACAUCUUUCUUGAAAUGUGAAAGGAAAUUAAACAGCAAAAAAAAGCACUUAUUUAGUCAUUAAAUUUUCCUCCAGCUUUUCUCAAAAGCUAUUUAUGAGUUUUCACUCCUCAUUAGAAUUUAAUCUCUUUAUGUUCAUUUUUGUUUUAAAAUUCAUGUUUCAAAAAAAAGAAAGAAAGAAGUCUUGAGUUUCAUUGUAAACUUUAGUGUCUCUCCAUUGUGGUUGAUUUACAAUCUUUAAUGUAGGUCCAUGCCCCAACAAAAUGUACUGAAAUCUUCUCUAUUUAUAAAAAAUAAAUAAACAAAUGAAACAUUAUUUAUAAAAAUAUGAACUUUGCAACAUUUUUGUUCAACCUUUUCUUGCAGGCGUGCCUACACCCAGCUCAGAAGUUCUGCGACACACCCUGAACAUGUUGGUACGGGAGAGGAAGAUCUACCCAACUCCAGAAGGCUACUUCAUCGUCACCCCCCAGACCUACUUUAUCACUCCAUCCCUCAUCAGAACCAACAACAAAUGGUAUCAUUUGGACGAUCGGCUGACAGAGCGCCAACCACAACAGUCACAGCAGCAGCAACAGCAACCUCAACAAUGCACCCCCCCACAAUCUGGUAACGUCACUCCAUCCACACCUGGCUGCUUGAGAGAGAGGCCUCCACGCAAGAAUCACAACGACUCAUACAAUUCGUAUCGUGAAGAAUCGUCCAGACUUCACACCUCUGCUCUACAAAGUAAGUCACCGAAAGAACACAGGGAAGAUUCGCAUCAAAGUAAGCCUCCCAAGGAACACAAAACUGGGGAACCUCCACCAAGUACAUCUGCCAAGGAGCAUCGAGGUGAACCGCCUUCAUACCCCCACCCCCCUCUACCCACCCCACCUCCUGUCCAGCAGUCACCGCCUCAAGAAUCUGCUGAAAAGAGCAAAAACAUCACUUCUUUCCCUUAUAAAACUGACACUCUGACCAAAAAGAAAGAAGGAAGUGGUGGUAGUGGAAAUGGCGAGAAGCAAUCCAAAAGGUUUGGACUCAGGCUCUUCCGGCUGAGUUUCAAAAAGGACAAAAUGAGGCAACUGGCCACUUUUUCAGCCCAGUUCCCCCCAGAAGAGUGGCCUCUCCGGGACGAGGAGGUGCCCACCACGCCCAUUCCCCGUGAAGUAGAGAUGGAGAUUAUUCGCAGAAUCAACCCUGACCUUACAGUGGAGAACGUGGCGAGGCAUACAGCUGUGAUGAAAAGGUUGGAGGAAGAGCGUACACAGAAGAACAAGGUGGGGUCUUCGGCUCAACACAGUUCAAGAAGCAGAAGGGGGAGGGGCCACAGGAGGGCCCCACAUGGUAAGUCCCGAUCACACAGCAAGCCUCGAACAUCCAGAGGAGACCCAUCUGAGGGUUCAAACUGGGACCUUUUGUUCAUGGAAAGGGAUUACCGCUUCUUCAGCCACUCAUUGGUACGCUCACCACGGGAGGCCAUGUACACCUUGGAGCGCAGACGAAGUGGUGGCGCGACAUACCUGGUCCAUAGCAACCCAAACAUUACCGAAUCGUACUGCCCUGUUACCCCCGAGUGGGACGUUUCUGGGGAGCUAGCCAAGAGACGGACAGAGAUGCCCUUCCCUGAGCCAUCACGUGGGACGUGCCAGUCCAGAGUGCAAAGAAGUCACAGUCACAAUCAGGACAGGAAGUCGCGCCAUGACAGGUCAGAUCAAGCGAAGGAGCGCUCUCGGUCCAUGGACAACUCCCUUAAAGGCCCAUCACUUGGGGCACCUGAAGACUUUGAACCAAGUCUUGAGGAACGUAGUCAUUACUACACAGAUGACGGCACCUUGCGUGCCACGCAGAAGUCCUCCCACUACUCAAGGAUCAUGUUCUCUGCUGCUAAGUUCCACUCUGAUUUUAAUGUGCCUGAUUUGGGGAAAGGAAGUUUGGACGAGUCGAGGAUUCGUAGUACGAUGGAGAGGAACAAAAGCAGAGACAGCUUGCCAACGUACAAUGAGCUAAUGGGACUUUCUCCUAAGCCCUCAACAGAUGAGUACUUCCAGUGCAAUACGUCAAAUGAAACAAUCCUAACUGCCCCUUCGCCUCAGGCAAAAUCAGAAUAUGACACAUUAACCUCAUCAGGGGGACUCCGAAAGGGCUCUCCUGCUGACCGCCAAACGCCUCACCUCACCUCUCCUCACACGAUGGAGUACAAAGAGGACUUGUCGGCAGUAAAGGGACAGAAUGGCUCGGUGCGACUGACACCAAGCCAGACGCCAGAGCCAGCGCAAAAUGCCCGUUUGACGCCACACCAACACAAUGUAGAUCCUGGAGGGGGAGGAGGCGGUAUGUCGAUCAAGAGGAAAGAGAUCUUCAGCAAGGACACUUUGUUCAAACCUCCACACAAUGCCUUGUCCACAGGCUACGUGGACAGCAGCUACACCAAGUCCGGCACAUUGCGGAAAGCCUCACAAGCCAAAUCAACCGAGGCCCUUGACAAUCCUGAGCCCCAGCAGCCUUCCAAUUUAGCCACUUCGUCAGCAUCACCUGCAGUUUUACAGGGCUGCUUAGAGCCAACAGUCCCCUCUGCCUCCUUUGAUUAUUAUAAUGUAUCAGAUGACGAGGAAGAGGAGGAAGCAGAGGAGGACUCGCACAAAGAGUUGGCAAAGGCAGAGGACAACAAAGACCAUGGGGAAGGAGGUGGUAAUGGCGGAGGCAGUGGUGGUGGUGGAGAGGGAACCAUGCAGUGGCUACUGGAGCGGGAGAAGGACCACGAUCUGCAGCGGAAACUGGAGACCAAUCUGACCUUACUCAGCCCCAAGGAGACGGAGAACAGCAGCAGCCAGAAGUCGGCCCACUCUGCCCGGUUGGACAGCAUGGAUAGCAGCAGUGUCACAGUGGACAGUGGAUUCAACUCCCCCAGGUAUGAAGCGUCGUGGAUUGAAUGCCUAUUUUAUUGUGACAUUCAUUGGAUAUUGUAAAUUCUCAAACCAAAAGUGCUGGUUAGGUUUGGGAGUAUAAUUGGUAAGAGGAUCCUCAAACAGGCCUCAAAAAGUUAAAGUGAAAACUACUAAGUUUAGAAAUCAUGUGAUAACCCUGUUUUUAUUAGUGUAAACUAUGAACAUGCAACCACAGCGAUUAACUUGAAAAGAAUAUCACUGGUAGGUCUGAGAGCUAAAUGCAUUUUUCCUCGAAUUCCGAAUUAAGUCUUGACCUUGCAUCAGCUACACCAACAGUCAAACAACAUUUUUUAAAGCCAAGUCCUGAAGUCCUGAAAGUCCUGAGGCACACAAAUGAUGAUUUAUAUAAGAGUCUGGUUGGUGUUUAAAGGUAAAACCCUAAACUUGGACGUUGGGUUGGCUGGUCAGCUAGUAAAGUAAAUCACUUUCAGGGUUAAAUGAUUAAAAAUUAGUUCUUUUGUUUGAAAUUAAGUGAGUUAAAAAGUUUUUAAAACAUUUUGCCAGUGUAUAGGGCUCCGGUAUACAGCUGUGACACUGCUGUGUCCCCGUUGUACUUCAUUGAUCUUGAUGAAAACAAAUGUCAAACUUUAAAGGUGACUGAUAAACCAACAGAUUGUUUUUUAUUUCUGCAUUGGAUGAAAAACUUAUUUUAAGUACUUAAUAUGCACACAAACUGAAGCAACUGAUUCUAUGAAUCUUUAACAGUCUUUGUGUUUAUUAGAUUAAAAAUAGAAGAUUCAUCUGCUUGUUUUGCUAAAUGUUAAACAUUUGUUCCUUGAAUGCAAUGUGAAAAUAGUGCAGUAGUUUAACAUUACUGAAUUGCUUGUAAAUGAUUGAGGCAUGAUUUACCAGAUAUUAACCACCAGUUUAAUGCUAAAGGACGGACAGACCAAUUUAAAAAUUUCAUGACUUGGCUCUGGUUUUGCUCAGUUGUGGAGCAGGUGCCCCAAAUGCAGAAGCUAUAGUCCUCAUUAUGCUGGUUAAGGGUUUGACUAAUUCUGUCACUAUUUGGUGCGUGUCAUCACCUAUUCCCUCCCCAUAUAUUCUCUAUGUUCAGCUGUCCUUUCAAAUGAAAGAAAAGGCCAAAAAAAAAAAUCAUAAAAAAGAGAAUAUCAAAGUUUCAAAAAUCCAAGCAGCAGAAAUCUGGAUAUCCUGAUUUAUCUGCUGUUUGGUGUAAAUAACACUCACUGCAACCUGCACUUGUCAACAUUUAUAAGUCUUAGUUCUUGGACCCCCCUGACAAAAGCAGCAUCCUUAAUCAGUUGUGCUGGUUUUCUGCCCAAAUUUUAUAAUUGUCAGUGUUCAAGAAUAAUUCCAACACAAAAUAGCUUUUGUGGCAUUACCAAGGUUAUUUUUUCUUUGUCAUUUGUAGAAGACUUUUGUUUUCUUCAUAGCAGUAAAAGACCUGUACGACUCUAAACAAGCUGAGCUUCAAAUAUAAAACUCAAGUCGCAUCUUUGAAACAAGAAAUCUGCUUGCAAAGGCUGUUGUGAACAUGGCUUUGCGAACAUGUACAGUGCCCAGCAUAAGUCAGUACACCCCCUAUUAAAAGUAAUAUAUUACUCAAUAUCUAGAUGACCAAAAGUACAAUUUCUAAUGUUUUGACAAAGCUGAGUUUAGGAUAACAUUUUAUUUACCAUAAGAUGAAAAUAAGGCUGAUAUGGUAACUAAAAUUUAGCUUUACUUUUUUUGUUUGCAACUUAAAAAAUCUUGUUUACAACCAAUGGCCUACAUUUGGUGGAGUAUUUUGUUGUAUAGUCUGACAUAGAACAUGUUGAUUUUGAAAGGAAACACAAGGGUAAAGGGGUGUACUCAUUAAUGCUGAGCACUGUAUAUGCUUUAGGACCAAACAAGUAAAUGCAUCAGAAAUUAUUUGCAUUUAUAAAACUAGUGCAAAGUUUUACAAAGUUACAUUAAAUAAGUUAUUUCCUGAAAUAUUUACAUUUCAGUCUCAUAGUAACUCUGAUUGACAUAUUUUGUGUGAUUAGCAGGACAGGCGUUCUCCUUAUUUGUACCUAACUUUUUUUAUGCUAGAAUUACCUAAAACAGCUCUUUUUAUCUGUUGCAUCUGGUUUCAAUCAAAAGCUGUUUUUGUACUUGUAAAAUGAAAACUACCUAAGGAAUUUUCCCAUAUUCAGUGGUAUUUUGAAGAAGACUUUAGUUUAGGAUAUCACCUGCUGGUCCAAUAACAACUAUGUAUUUGCACUUUUGGUGUUUCCAUCUUGUUUUUUGGGCCAAUGGUGACUGCACUGAAACAAACUUUUAAGUGUUUACUCAAGUUGUAAACCAAGUAGAAUGCACGGUCAGUUGUAGCGUAAAUAUACAUAUAGUUUUUCUCUUGCAAUUAGAGGAGUUACCCCACGGCUGGCAACAAGAACAAAAGUCAGAAAGUUUAAUGGUUUCUCCUUCAGUCUUUGUGGCUUUGUUCAUUUAUUUAUGUAAUCUUUUGUACUGGUCUGGCCCCUAACAGCUUGUGUUUUACGCAGUACAUUUUCUUUUACCUUUGGUCUUUUGUAACACGACUCUGAUUUAUCUCUUGUGUAGGACGCGUGAAAGCCUUGCAUCCAAUACAUCCAGCAUAGUGGAAAGCAAUAGACGGCAGAAUCCAGCGCUGAGCCCCGGCCACAUAGGCACCAGUGGUAUCGGACUGCCAUUCAGCUUUCGCGCCAUCCCAGAACCCCCCGCCACGCAGCCUGAGAAAAUCCAGAAGUCAUCGAACUGCCUAGCCUCCAUCACCAGCGUCUGACAGACUGAGACCCUGAUGGUGGUGGAGAGAAGAGGAAGUGAGGGGCUCCACCAUUUUAGACCCCCACUGUCCUCAACCAAUACACUCACAUUCACAUAAACACACUCACAUAUCUUCAGACUCCUCUAAGAAUCCAUUUACUGAGACUGUUACAAAACAGGCAUGGCUUCAAGAGACUGUUCCCACAGCUUCAAGAACUUUACUGCAAGAAAGAGAAGAAAAACUACAGAAUAUCAAGACCACUGUAGGUGAAGGAACCUACCUGAACUACUUUGAUUUUGGUGACAUGGACUCUAGUUUGGCUUAUAUCAAGAUUCUUGAUUAUUGGUAUUGGAAAGUAGUAGACUAUAGGAUUCAAGUUACAUUUGGAAAUAUGGAAAACUUUUUAUAUUACUUAACAAUACAUGUCCAAUUAAAUGUUCUCCUUCCUGAAAUAGCGUCAAGUUCUUCAGGACGAUUCAAUGUAUCAGCACAAUGUCGAGACAAUAAAAGUUGAUCCUGAGAACUACAAAUGAAAGAUAUAAAAACAUAAAUCAGCUCAGAUUUGUGUACCGCAAUGCAAAUGAUGUAUGUAUACUCGAUACUUUUGAUAUCCUAAUUAUUAUAAUGGUGGUAUUAAAGAUGCUAUGUGACCAAAAAUGA